CACCUUCCAAAAAUAACAACCUCCUCUUACAUACUUCAUUAUUCCCUCACCAACAAAGAGAGAAAGAGAGAGAUAAUAUGGAAAAGAAUAAUGUCUAUGAUGCGUCAACAUGGGAUGAUGGUGUUGAAGAUAAUAAUGGGCAUUCAUCAAAACACAAGAGGCUCAAGUUAUUUGGGUUUGAACUAAUAAACCCAAAGGAUCAUUCAGAAGUAGUAAUGGAAGAUGAAAGUGUGAAUUCUUCAAAUUCAGCUUCAUUAUUAUUAGAGGGAGAUCGUGAUGAGAAAAAUAAUAAUAAUAAAAAAUUAGAGUGUCAAUAUUGUUACAAGGAAUUCGCAAAUUCACAAGCACUAGGAGGACACCAAAAUGCACACAAAAAAGAGAGAAUGAAGAAGAAGAAGUUGCAGCUUCAAAAAACAAACGCUACCACAAUCAACCACUACCUUCUAAAGCAAGCAAGCUCCAAUAUCAAUAAUAUUAUUGAUAAUUGGUUAUAUAAUCCUUCUUCCUUUGUUAGUAAUAAUUCUGAAUCUCAGAUUAGCUUUAAUAAUAAUGAUCAAGAUGAUGAUGAUGGUCUUAUUAAUGUUUCAAAGUGGCAUGUUCCUAAUUCUCAUGAUCAACAAGAAAAUUAUUGUAUGUUCAAUUUCUCCCAUGCUAGUUCGAAUCAUCAUCAGGGACAUGUCAAAGGUUUGGAUCUUCAGCUAGGCCUCAGCUUGGAGUCAAAUACAAGAACUUUUUUAUGGAGAACAUAGAUUUACUUUUCUCUUGUUAAGAAUAUUAUGUAGAUAAACUAAUUUUUUGUUGUUGUUGUUU